AUGUGUUGGAGACGAUUAUGCACACGUGUUGAUGUGCAGACGAUAUUGUCGCCCAUUCAAUUCUCGCGUGUUUUGUUUACAUUCAACAACACUGCAGACACAACAACCGGAGAAGUGACUGGGAACAGCCAUGCACGUCUUAAACAUCAACAUAAACUCUUUCAUCGACUCUUGCGGGACAUGCGGGAGAAGAAGAAGAGGACGUUGUGUAGUCCUGCCAGUGAGUCUGUUUGUGUAGAUGCGGCCAUUCCACUGGACGCACCGCUGACGGCGAACGUGGCGUUGAUGGAACAACUCGGCGUGAUGGAUCUCGCACAGUUGACACUUCCAAACAAAAACACUGCGAGCAGCAGCAGCAGCAGUAAUAAUGAGAGUGUGAUGUUCACAUCGCUGGCAGCGAACCUCACAGAGGCGUGCAGUGCGGGUGUGAAGUGUCAACUACCGCCUAUAGUCGUGCUGCGGAAAGUACUGGCAGCAGCAGCCGCAGCAGUAAGAGGAGGAAAAGGAAAAGAAGGAGAAAACGAAGGAAAUACAACUGAGACUGCAUUUCUGUUGUCUGUACCACCAGCGGCUGCGGCCGUAUUGUACAGAGCCGCCACUGCGCGUUUACUCGCCGUGAUAAGGCGCAACUGUGAAGAUGUGCGAACUGCCACUCAGCGGCCGCGAAGACGUUGGGUGUUGACGGAAGAAGUGCGCCGCGCCUGUGAACUUCUUAGUGUUCUUGGCCCACCAAGAAUAGAUAGUGAACAACAACAACAACAAUGGCGGGAUGAACUGCAGGAGCGAUUACAGCUUGCUGCAGCCGUACAAAAUGGUGCCAUCGCUGUUGAUGCGCUUGAAAGACUACUCACUUUUUACGCGAAUAAUAAUAAUAAUAAUAAUAAUAAUAAUAAUAAUGGUAGUAGUAGUGGUGUAAAUGGAAAUGCGAAAUAUCUUUCUUUAGCCCAGAAUUUUGCUUUUGCUAUAUCUGCGUUUCGCCUUAACCGAGAUUUUGCAAAUGCCGUUAUUUUAUGGGAAAGAUUUGUUGCCUUGACGUCAUCGAGUAGUCGUGUAGUCAACAUGGAAAGCCGGAGUGACAAUCCAGCUGUGGAAGCGGCCGACUUUGCUGCUGAGAAGUUAAAAGUACUCAUUCAUCUCGCCGAUUGUAUAGACGCUAAUGCGGCACAUUUUACAUAUGUGCGAGAUAUUGUAUUACAUCUAUUUACAACAACCGAUGUGGGUUAUUAUACCACCACUCGUGAAGUAUCUCGAGAGGCAUUUUGUGCGCUUCUGCAUGCUCUCUCACGAGUAACGCUGGAAUCCCGCGCGAGGAUGGAGGCGGCGCAGUCAUUCUUCCGUGCAAUUCAACUCUCAUCACAUGCGGAUGUUUCUAUUUCUCCCAAAGUGAUAGAAGCACUUCUACAGGUGGCAAGUGCCGCACGUGAUGGUAGCAGCGCAUUGCUGCUUUAUAAUCAAUUGUCGGCUCCCAAUGUUAGUCGUGCGGAGGUGCCAACAAACAUGAUUGCGGUACUUUUAGCAGAAAAAGAUGCAUUAAAUGAUUUGGAACGAUAUAUCAGUUUUAUUAGUAUGCGUCGUCGGGCAAUUGUCUCUUCCGCAGCGCAUCUUCUCGCUGUGAAGUUACUCCUACAACAACAACAACAAACACAUCGCCAUGAAACCAUCUCCGAGGCCGUGUACACUGUACUCGAUCUCAUUGAUGCACGGCAUGAAGUAGAGCCACAACGGACUUUUUUUCUCCGUCUCCUUGUACUUCACAGUGAUCUUCACAGACUCCUACAACAACAACAAGAAAAAGAAGAAGAAGAAUAUAAAGUAUUGGAUAAAAUAAAAUCGGACCCGUAUUGGAGUAAACAUACUCAAGGUAUUUUGGAAUCAUGGCGUGAAGAGUUGUAUAAGAAAGGCGUUACAACAGCCGCAUACACAACUCUGCAGCUCUUGCAACGUAUUCGACAGCAAUUCAUAGACAUUGAAACGGUAAGAGGUGAAGAAAAGGAAGAAACCAAAACGGCAGAAAUUACAAAAGAAAAUCGUAGAGAAAAUUUCUCAUCACUCAUCUCCUGUAUUGAUAGUAUCCUCUUUGACUUCUCCAUUGGUUGGCUACGGCACCGCGCUUCUGAAGAACGUACGCCGCGAUUUCAUCUGCCAGUUGCAGAACUCCAGAGUCGUAUCAAACGUGAAAACACUACGGAGAUACCUGUAAAGACUCUCUCUUGUGCUACUUUAGGUUUAACCGAUGUGACGAAACGAAGUCCAUCAGAAUGUAGAAAAAAAGCGCAAGAAACGUUUAAUGCACUACGUGCUGCUGGAAAUGAUGGAAAUAUGGUUGUAUUAGGCUUUAGCGAUUAUGUGCGUCUUUGUUCCCUUGAAGAUACCAGUAUGAGGGAUACAGAUAACACGACCGCAGUUAUGGAGUCUCCUUCUAUGAAUCGUUUCUUUUUCAGUCUAGAUUCUAUGAAUAACUACGAACCGUUGUUGUACGUUACAGAUGCACUUGGUGAGUUGCAAUUGCAGAAGGCAUUACAUACAGAGACAGAAGCUCAAUGGAUAAAAUCCAUUCAUACAUCAGAAAUUGAUUCUUUAAUGAGCGAUAGCUACGAUAAUAUUUGUCAUCGAAGCAUUAGUAGUACAGUAGUGGGGAAAUGGCUAACACUAUGGCUUGCAGAAUCAUUUCUCUUUCAGCCUGUCGUUCGCGGUGUUUUUGAGCGACAAGUGGAAUUGCUGCUGCGAACGGUGCCACUUUCCGCUGCAUCUGUAAAAGCAGAAGGAGAGGAUAAAGCAAUAGUAACAGAGCCCGUGGUGGAUGAAGAGCCAACCGUUCUUCAGUGGUUUGUCUCUGUUCGAUGA